AUGGCUCCAGGCGGCGGAGGCAAUAUUAAGGUGGUGGUCCGAGUGCGACCCUUCAACAGCAGAGAACUCGACCGAGGCGCAAAAUGUAUCGUGCAGAUGAAAGGCAACCAGACGGUGCUCACCGCACCGCCUGGCGCGGAGGACAAAUCGCGAAAAGGCGCUGGCAAGGGUGGUGGCGACGGACCGAAGGUGUUCGCUUUCGAUCGAUCGUACUGGUCAUUCGACAAGAAUGACGCGAAUUAUGCCGGCCAGGACAACCUCUUCGACGACCUGGGCACGCCGCUCCUCGACAAUGCCUUCAGUGGAUAUAACAACUGUAUUUUCGCCUAUGGUCAGACCGGUUCCGGAAAAUCGUACUCGAUGAUGGGUUAUGGCCAGGAGUAUGGUGUUAUUCCACGCAUUUGUCAGUCUAUGUUCACGCGGAUCACCGACAUCCAGCAAGACAAGAGCUUGAACGUCACGGUUGAGGUGUCAUACCUGGAAAUUUACAAUGAACGCGUUCGCGACUUGCUCAACCCUUCGAAUAAGGGCAAUCUGAAAGUUCGCGAGCAUCCGUCCACUGGUCCAUAUGUUGAAGACUUGGCGAAGCUUGUCGUUCGCUCGUUCGACGAAAUUGAUCAUUUGAUGGACGAGGGAAACAAAGCUCGAACGGUGGCGGCAACGAACAUGAACGAAACCUCCAGUCGAUCCCACGCUGUGUUUACUUUGACCCUCACGCAAAAACGUCACGACGCGGAGACCUCGAUGGAUACGGAGAAGGUGUCGAAGAUCAGUUUGGUCGAUUUGGCUGGUUCCGAGAGAGCAAACUCGACUGGAGCUACGGGUGCCCGUUUGAAGGAAGGUGCUGAGAUUAACAGGUCUCUGUCCACUCUCGGUCGUGUCAUUGCUGCAUUAGCCGAUGUGUCGUCAGGCAAGCUCAAGAAGGCAUCAAUGGUUCCAUAUCGUGACUCAGUACUCACCUGGUUGCUGAAGGACUCCUUGGGAGGUAACUCAAUGACUUCUAUGAUUGCAGCCAUUUCGCCUGCGGACAUCAACUUUGACGAGACCCUGAGUACGCUACGUUAUGCCGACUCCGCCAAACGAAUCAAGAACCACGCAGUUGUGAAUGAGGAUCCGAAUGCUCGCAUGAUCCGCGAACUGAAGGAGGAGUUGGCGCAGUUGCGGUCCAAACUUGGAGGUGGUGUUCCCGGAGGAGUUCCCGGGGCUCCUGGCGCAAUUUCGCAAGAAGAACAUUACCCUCCCGACACACCAUUGGAGAAGCAGAUGGUCUCUAUUCAGCAAGCCGAUGGUACCGUCACCAAAGUCAGCAAAGCCGAGAUUGUGGAACAGCUCAACCAGAGUGAGAAGCUCUACAAAGAUCUCAAUCAGACAUGGGAGGAGAAACUACAAAAGACAGAGGAGAUUCACAAAGAGCGUGAGCAGGCUCUCGAGGAACUCGGUAUCAACAUCGAGAAAGGUUUCAUUGGAUUGAGCACGCCGAAGAAGAUGCCUCAUUUGGUCAACCUGAGCGACGACCCAUUGCUCGCCGAAUGUCUGGUCUACAAUAUCAAACCGGGUACUACGACCGUGGGUCAUAUGGACCAGGGAAACAGCGUGGAGAUUCGACUGAAUGGCUCAAAAAUUCUUACUAAACACUGUACCUUUGAGAACGUCGACAAUAUCGUGACUAUUGUUCCGACAGAAGGUGCUGCCGUGAUGGUCAAUGGUCUACGAAUCGACAAGCCCACGCGACUCAAGAGUGGAUUCCGAAUUAUCCUAGGCGAUUUCCACAUUUUCCGUUUCAAUCACCCGCAGGAGGCUCGUGCCGAACGAGUAGAACAAAGCUUAUUGCGACAUUCCGUGACGACAAGCCAACUCGGCUCACCGGCACCGCACAAGACUCAUGACCGCUCGCCUAGCAAGGUGGGUUCCGAAAUAGAUGGUGAUUCCAGUAGGGCGGAUUCACCCAUGCCUUCACAACGCGGGAGAGAAUCCGAUUGGUUUCUUGCUCGUCGAGAAGCUGUCAGUGCGAUGUUGGGCCCAGAUCACAUCUCCCAUUUACCCGACGACGAGCUAGAUGCUCUAUUCGAGGACGUGCAAAAAGCGCGAGCAGUGCGUCGCGGACUUCCUGAAAAUGAAGAAGACUCAGACUCGAUGAGUUCUUUCCCAGUGCGUGACAAGUACAUGUCCAAUGGAACUAUCGACAAUUUCUCCCUCGAUACGGCUAUUACCAUGCCUGGCACACCGCGGCAAACCGACGAUGAUGGGUCAAAUGGUGUAUCUCUCAAAUCAGUCCAAAAGGACAUGCAACGUCAGCUCGAUCGGCAACGGGAGGAAUUCCAGGACAAAUUGAGACUCGCAGAGACCUCCUCCAAUCAAGACGUGGGUGAACUUCAAACCGAGAAGCAGCGCAUGGAAGAUGCCUUACGGUCUGCCAAGGAGGAGUUUGAAGAACAAUUAAGGGUGCAAAAGGAAACCUUUGAAACGCAAAUGCGUGAUAUCGGCAAACCAAUACCGCAAAUCUACGAGAAUGGUUUUGCCAAGCUGAACGAGCGCGAGCUUGCAAUCGCACGAACCGUAUUCACCCAUUGGUCGCAGCGCAAUUACGUUCGCAUGGCCGAGAAGAUUCUGCAACAUGCCUCCCUCCUGAAGGAGGCACAGGUCAUGAGCCAGAUCAUGGACAAGAAUGUGGUUUUCCAAUUCGCUGUUGUCGAUCAUGGCCACAGCAUGGCUUCUUCAUAUGAUCUAGUGCUGAAUGGGAUCUCUGGUGACGAAGACAUCGUGCUGGAAGAGACCAAGAAGCCCUGCGUUGGCGUUCGGGUGAUUGACUAUAAGCAGUGUGUAAUUCACUUGUGGUCGAUUGAGAAGCUCCAGCGCCGCGUACAGUCGAUGCGACAACUUCACCAGUACAUCGACCGACCGGACUACAUCCAGCAUUUCAAACUGGAUAACCCAUUCUCGGAGCCUUGCUCGCCGCAGUAUUCCCUCAUUGGUGAUGCUGACAUCCCCUUGACUGCUGUUUUCGAGACCCGAGUGCAAGACUUUUCCAUCGAGAUCACUUCGCCUUAUACCCAGAGUGUCAUCGGCAUAAUUCGGCUUUCCCUCGAGCCAUCUUCUGCACAGGCUCCUUCGUCGACUCUGAAGUUCAACGUCGUUAUGCGGGACAUGGUCGGAUUUGCUGAAUGGGAAGGGUCUGAUGUCCACGCGCAGCUCUUCGUUCCCGGAAUUUCUGAAGAAGGUGGUGCGACUACUACGCAAAUGAUAAGUGGAUUCGAGGAGAGCCCUGUCCGCUUUGAGAGUGUGCAUAGUAUGAGCCUCCCAUUGUCAAGUCCUCGAUCCGCUGCGCUCAAGGUUUGUGUCUACGCUCGUGUCACAUCGGUUCACCUCGACAAGCUGCUUAGCUGGGACGAUAUGCGGGACUCGGCAGAGAUCACACCCAAAAAGCGCACUGCUCCUCGGAUUGCAGAGUCUGAAUUCUACUCAGAGGAGCGACAUGAUGUCUUUGCCCGAGUUCAGAUUCUUGAGAUGGCGGAGUCCGGCGAAUACCUUCCCGUGGAGGUUGUUCAGAACAGCCCCCUUGAUGCCGGCACGUAUCAACUCCACCAGGGCUUGCAGCGUCGCGUUUCGAUCAACAUGACCUACAGCUCCACUGAAAGUCUUCCGUGGGACGAUAUUGCCAAUGCCCGUGUUGGCUCCCUACGCCUUCUCGACCCAUGGGGCAAAAUUCCUCACCAGGAUCUUCAAACCCCGGAUGUUCCUCUCAAGUUCCUCCAAGAACCGAUGGUCAAGGACAAUGCCGACGGCACAUCAAAUGUCACUAUUGUGGGCCAGUGGGAUUCAAGUUUGCACGGCUCUCUGCUUCUUGACCGAGUGACGGCAGAUAAGUAUCGAGUCCAGGUCACUGUUCGCUGGGACCUCGUCUCGUCCCGUCUUCAGACCCCUGUCGUGUUCGAGGUCGACCAGACCCUACAAAUCUUGGGGCGUACCUACGUUCGUCAGCAGUCGAUGUUCAAGCAGCUCUGGAGCUCUACGCGAGUUGUACACUCAACUACGCAAAUGUAUUCGCUGGUCAUCCGUCCAAUCUCUGCUAAGCGUGCCGCCGAUCUUUGGCGCAUGAACACCCAAAACGACUAUGUCAAGGGCGAGGAGUUGUUGACAACAUGGGCACCUCGCAAGGUCUCGCUGGUUCGGGACUAUAUUUCUGCUCGUAAGCGUCGAUACCGCUUGGCCGAGCUACAUGCUGCCCGCGGGGCUCUCAGCGCAGGCAGCUUGGUGGCCUCUCCUGCCCGCAGUGGACGAUCAACACCGAUGCGUAACCAGGACCUCAACGAGCGGAAAUCCAAACUACUCCGCAAGUACCUCGAGCUCUGGUCAACUAAGAAGGACCCAACCGAUGUCAUCCUAGUCCGGAGCAACACCGAACCUCCCGCCGACGGCGCAGCAAUCGCCGCCCAGCGCAAGUCGAACGGCACGGAUGCAGCCGACAAAAUGUCACUCAAGCCGCGUUUCGUAGCCACCAUCCAAACCCUCCCGAAGAACCCAUCAGCCUUGAAGUCGGGCUACGUGCUCACCCCCGAUGACACCAACAGCAUCUGGGUUCGACGGUUCGUGGAGCUUCGCCGGCCGUAUCUUCACAUCUACUCCGCCGACGGGGACGAAAUCAACGCUAUAAAUCUACGUAACUCGCGUGUCGACCACGCGCCUGACUUUGCCCGACUUCUCGACGGGUCCGGUGCUGGUGCUGAUCGCUCGCUCUCUGCCAAGGGCCGGCCUAAUAUCUUCGCCGUCUACGGGACGCAGAACACCUUCCUUUUCGCCACACGCACCGAGGCGCAAAAAGUGGAAUGGAUCCUGAAGAUUGACGAGAGUUACUUCAGUAGCAACGGCGGCAGUGCAGUAGCUAGCGGUGACGAGCGGUAA